AUGUCCGAGCAACCUCCCUCAUACGGUGGCCAUUCAAGCUAUGCACAGCAAUGGCCUCCUGCAUACCCUUCGAUGAUUCCCGCGAACUUUCCCAGUUCAGAGUAUCCUCAAAUGCAUCAGCCAACGGCGACGAAUCAUGGGCCGACCUUCGACUAUAACAUGGCAAGCGUCAAUGCGAAUUCGCGAGUUCCAGGUUCAAAUGGUGCUGGAAACUUAGCAUUCAUUCCGCCUCAGUUCCCCUUCUUCAACCACUUCGAUGCAUCACAAUUUCCACCUCAUUUCCCUCCAAUGCCGUUUCCUCCGAUGAGCUAUCCCCCUAUGCCAACAGGGUCCUCACAUCCCCCCAUGCCGUAUCAUGGUAUAGACGGAAAUGUCACACACCAACUAUCAACGCCAGCUGUACAUCCGAAAACCGCCCAGGUUCAGCCAGAUAAUCACCGCGAAGAAGGCGAAGUUAGUGAGGGAUCUGAUGAAAGGUCACUACACCCUACGACACGCAAGGCUACGCGCCAGUAUUCGGACCUAGAAGAAGGAGAAACUAUAUCUUCUAGCGCGCAGUCCGUUAGAAGUAGUCAGUCACCAUACGACCCUCCUUUGUCAGUCUCAGCAGACCCAAGCUUAGUUCACCGUGCGAUGCAGCCUCAGCGGCAAGACCCACCCGCCACUGUCCCAGCCCCUCCACCUCAGAAAUCGGCCGCGCAGCUACGAAUUCAGGCCCAAGGCGCUUUGCUUAGCCUGGCGCCACAUAAUAUCCGGUAUAAUGAACUGGUCGCUGAGGGCAUCAACCCUAUGAUCUUGAAACGCCUUUACGAGGAAGUCGGCAUCAAGGUCACCACAUCAUCUGGGCAGUCUCCACCAGUUCCUGAGAAGGCCUCCGCCGUGGCUGCAGUUGCCAGCAAAGGACUGGGAACUAGGAAACCAGCUGAGGUGCCCUUGCCAGCGCCCCAACCUUCUGCCCCUCCCGUUGCCCCUCCUGCCAAAGCUGGCAAACCUCUGGAGCGAAAGGAACUUAUCGCCCGCAUGCUAGCUGAGAAAGCUGCGAAGGUGACCUCCAAAGAGGCUUCACCAACCGGCAGUGCAAAGUCCCACCCUGCGAUACAAGUUGAUGAACCCCGCCCGGUUCCAAAGGAAACACUUGUAAAGGAGAAGAGCAAAGCCCAGACGGAGUUGGCAAGGCAGCGAAUUGAAGAACUCAAAAAACAGACUUUACUAAAGACCCAGAAAUUGGCUCAGGCAAAUCUGCCGCCGAUCCAGUUAGAAUCUCCAGCGCCAGCUAUCCAACACCCGCUCCCUCUUCGACCUCCUGUUCCUGAAUCCCGUCGCUCUGCUGGGCUUCCAGGACUCCUUAUGACUGGAUUGGAGCAGGAGCCACAUGAAACUCUUGCCGCUGAGCCGGUCCAACCCAUAAACAUUGACUCAACACCGGUGUCUCAAGCAACCCAACGCAAGCGACCUCUAGCUUCCGAUUUCGAUGAGCCAGUUGCGCCUACGAAGAAGCAUUUCAACCACGCUGCGAAUAGGUUCGACCCUACUGAUAAGCUCAUCAUUGCAAUUAGCGACGAUGAAUCGCUCUACGGUGAUGAUGAGGACGAUGACAUGGAGUUGGAUUCGAGCUCAGAACAGGAACAAGCCCCGAUAGUGACCUCGGCUUUGGUCAAGCCUACUAUCCAAUUAAAUCCUCCUGUCACCCGGGCUUCGACGGCUACACCACAAGCCCCUUCUAGUCUAAGUGACCAAGGAGACAUUCGACUUAAAGAUAUGGAAAUUCAAGCUAUGCGCCGCAAGAUUGCGGAGCUGGAGCUACGAAGGAAAUCGAAGCUCGCUGCCAGUAGAGCCCAGUCACCUCGCACCCUAGAUGACUCUGGGGCAUCAUCAUCCAGUGGACAAUCCAGUGGGCAAUCAAGUGGGGUCGCUGCUUCUUCUGAAGAAGAUUCUUCAAAGACGAAACCGACAACGGCCGCACCUGAUAUGAUUAUGCCCGUUGCGCCCCUUGCCCAACUGGAUGCACUAUCCGAGGCCGCUGCCAACCGAGAACCGCUGGAAGAAGCCUUUGCUGAAGAAGUGGCAAAUGGUGUAAUCGAUAGCGCCGCACAGACAUCGGCUUCAUUCGAGUCCGAUUCUGCUAGGUCAGCUAUGCAAGAAUCUGAUGAUAGCAGCAGUGAUAUUUCCGAUUCGUCCAGCGAGAGUGAGGACGAACCUACUACCUCGCCAGCGCAACUCGAUGUCGACCCUGCUACUGUGCCGUCAUUCUCAGAGCCUAUGGAGAUUGACUCUUCAGAGCGAUCUGUAUCUCAGAGCUCUCCCUCUGCUAUCACCCACCCUAGUGCCAAUUCUGCCGACGAACACGUUUCCCAAAAUCAGCUUAGCGAACAAUCUCAGCGUGAACUGUCUGCGGAUUCCGACGGUUAUGAGCCCCCAGAGCCUGAUGCUGACGCACAGUCUGAGGGCUCCAGUUACAGCCCUCCUCCAUUCAGUCCAGCUAUUUCCGGUCUCGUAGAAAACACAGGAGUUUCGGCACCAUCAUUUGACUUGGCUCAAGCUGAUGAAAAACUAACAAGCACACCUCAGGUGUCAGACUCAUUACGUCGGUCGGAUUUGCAGGUUGGCGCUUCUGGCACUGAAACAUCGUCCGCCAUUUCGGAGCAAAGAUUCACGCCGUACACUAGCCCACUGCGAACCUUCAAGGCUUAUCGAUACCACCCGCAUUAUGCCGCCGACGUUCCGAGUGGCUACCGCUCGCUAACUUACAGUCAUAAUAUCGAUUCCAUGAAAUACAUGUGUCCAUAUGAGUUGGCCGGGGGUGUCUGCAAUGACCGAUCCUGCGAGUUUCAGCAUCUUCGGGACAUGACUCUAAGCGACGACAAGAUUCUCGUCCAGAUGGGCUCUGUCCGAGAGGGUCAAACCGAAGAAGAAAAAGAAAAAUAUCUCGCUGGUCUGAAAGAGAUCAUCAACGACUUACGGCGUGACAAGGUGAAAGAUUUCAACACUGUGGCCUCCGAGAUAGCCGCAUACCGUAGGCGCUUCCUCCAAGACCCGUCGCGUGUCUUGUCCCUGUAA